UAGCAACACUACGCUCACGGGGCUGUCCACUCAUCGUAGUAUUCGAGAAUCAGUUCCGGCUGCUCGUCGCUUUUCAGUACUUUGUACCUCCAACUUUUCAGUAAGUAGUUGUCACCGGGGCUGACUGUUGCAUACAUAACCCACAGGUUACGCGACAUCAUUACGUCUGAGAUGCACCCCUUCGGAGGAACACCAAUUUGUCCCCGAUGCGAUAAGGCCGUCUACGCUGCCGAGCAGAUAAUGGGCCCUGGUCGCAAGUUGUAUCACAAGCCAUGUCUGGCGUGUACCUCUUGCAAUAAACGUUUAGAUUCACUGACGUUACUGGAACAUGAUCAAAUGCCAUACUGCAAAACUUGCCACGUCCGAUCGUUUGGGAUACGCGACCUGCGACAAGCAAACCUCCCGGACAAAGAUGACCUCUCUUCUUUGUCCUUUGCCUCAUCUUCCGUCCGCUCAGCUCAUGGACCUCUCGUGAAUACGCUGACUGGUUCAGCCUCUCCCGUGAGGAGUACAUUCCCUACGCCCUUGACACAUAGCAGGGCACAUGGAUCUGCCGAUCUGUCCGCAACCUUAACCAGUGGGUCUCGUUCACCUAUUCGGGCUCACUUCACUGGUACGAGCGGUGCAACGCCACUAUUGCGUGCCAAUUCCGCUCUUCCCACACGCUUUAAUCGUGCAUCGCCAUCUAGUCCACCCCUCGAACUUACAGGUGAAGAGGCAGGUGAAGAGAUGGAUGCAGAGGCAACAGAGACAGAUGAGAUGCGAGACACCAACGCUACGAAUGAAGGAAGCACCCCUGGGAUCCGACGUACAGCGUAUCUCAAAACGUUGCCUUCCAACCUGCUCAAACGACCGGCAUCGUCACUCAAACCAAGUUCAACGGGGUUCAUCAGUCCGGUCAACAUUACUCCUUUGAAGCAAACAUCUACGGGAACUCGAUAUGGAAUGGCACUCGGAGGCAUUGGUACUAGUCCCGUGAAGUCGUGGGGACCAGGGGGUGCAACCCCUGUAUGCCCUCGGUGUGGGAAGAAUGUGUAUUUUGCCGAACAGAUGAAGGCGAUUGGGAAAACUUGGCAUAAGGGGUGUCUGAGGUGCUCAUCUUGCAAUACCCUGUUGGAUUCCAAGCGCUUGAAUGAGAAAGAUGGCGAGCCGCUGUGCGGGCGCUGCUACAGCAAGCUGCACGGGCCACAAGGAAGUGGUUACGCGCUCCUUGGGAAAGCAGGUGGUUGAUCGGCUGCGCGUAGGUACUCAUAGACUGAAGACGCCGUGAAGCGUCAAGCUCCGAUAAUAGCUUCUUGACUGCGGUAUCCGAGCAAGUUGUGCGCUAUCAUUAAUGACUGUUGUUUAAAUUACCUGUCCUCUGUCUUACUCAAAUUUCUGCCAUCUUGCGUGUACGACAAUAGUAUUUUGUAGCACUC